AUGAUCGAUCUUGGUCAGUUAGUUACAGGUCUGGAGGAGGAAAAAUGCAAGAUGGAGAUAGCCAAAGCCUCGCAAGAAUGGGGAAUUUUUCAAGUGAUUAAUCAUGGGGUCUCGUUGGAUGUUUUGGAGAAGAUGAGAUGUGAACAGGUGAGAUUGUUCCGUAGACCUUUUCAUGAGAAGACCAAACAGGGAAACCAAAAAUUUAAUUUUCUAGCGGGGAGUUACCAGUGGGGGACUCCUUCGGCCACCUGCCUCAGGCAACUGUCAUGGUCCGAAGCUUUUCAUGUACCACUUGCCGGCAUUUCUACAACGGGUGAUAUCUCUACUCUCAGCAUAACAACAAAACAACUUGCAACCAAGAUUUCUAACCUAGCACAAAAAGUAGCUGCAAUUUUGGCAGAGCAAUUAGGCUAUAAACCAGAUUCCUUUGAGAGAGAUUGUUCUACUACCAGCUGCUAUCUUCGACUGAAUCGAUAUCCUGCUUGCCCCAUUUCACCAGAAGUGUUUGGAUUGAUGCCACAUACUGAUAGUGAUUUCUUGACCAUCUUACAUCAAGAUCAAAUUGGAGGAUUACAAUUAGUAAAAGAUGGGAGAUGGAUUUCUGUUAAACCAAAUCCAGAAGCUCUAAUCAUCAAUAUCAGAGAUCUUUUUCAGGCUUGGAGUAAUAAUACUUAUAAGAGUGUUGAGCAUCGUGUUGUCGCUAAUAAGAAUGCGGAGAGGUUCUCAACUGCUUAUUUCUUCUGUCCAUCUUAUGAAACAAUGAUACAAAGUUGCUUCGAGAACUCAGUUUAUAGAGAAUUUAGUUUUAGAGAAUUCAGAGAACAGGUUCAAGAAGAUGUCAAGAUACAUGGUUACAAAAUAGGGCUUCCCAGGUUUAUCAUUUAA